AUAUAUACAUAUGUGUAUGUAUAUGUAUUAAAUAUGCAAUUAAACAGUAUUUACAAUUCUUGCUGCUUAUAACGCCCCUACGUGACACAUCCUAUAAAUAGGAUGCGUCAGAAACAAUUUAAGCAUUUACAUCGUUUAAGCAUUUAUAUCGUUUUCAACGAUCAUGGCAAGAUUUGAUUUCCUCUUACUUUUUUGUUCCUUGGGCAUAGUGUUGUUACCAACACAACAAGUGUCUGCAAAUAUUCUGACCUCAUUCUGGAAGUCUUUUUGUCGUAGAAUUGGGUGGGACGAGUCGCCAAAAACAUAUUCGACUCACACAAAUUCUCAGUAUUGUGAUUUAAAUGGAGACACAGGAGAAUGCUGCCUGCCUAUCUAUUUGAAAGAGCUGAACAUUAAUGAUAGAGCUUGUGUUAAACUGUCCUAUUUACCUAAAGACAUAGGAUUUGAAGCAGACGUUCUGUGGAAUCAGAAAACUAUUUAUAAAAGAUCUCUAUCAGUGAGGAAUCCACCAUCUCUAUGUGAAGGAUUGCCCUUUUUGAACCAAGUGGACAUAUGUUUAAUAUUCUAUGACGUUGUUUUCAAAUAUGAUUCGUUUUCAACCUGCAUCAAGUUUCGAAUACAAUUUUAUGCAUAUGAAGAUUUUAAAUUAACAUGCUUUUCUUUGCCACUGCUCACCGAGAGUCAAAGCAGUCACCGUCUUUUUAAAAGAGCAUUAUUCACUGCUGUUUCUAAAUGAAACGUUGGUGCAAAUAGUGUCAAGGGGAAUAAAACACUGGAUCACACUACAGCAACGAUUUCUAGUUGCGGAAGUUCAGUCAUGAGGAAGGGAGAUAGUUGUUCCGGAUAUGGUCUUUCUUCGAUUAUUUUUGGAUGGUUUUGUUUAACAUUUAUUAUUAUUAUUUUUUUUUUUCGUAAUUGAUCUUAUGUAUAUUGCAACUGUUUUUUGGUAGAUUUUCCUCUUGCCAUCGAUUUUGGUGAUUAGUAGUUUACAGUUACCUCUUCUGCUGUUCAUGUGACAAAUAAAAACGGCAAACUGACAAGACUCGUUAGCCCGCUAAGGUCGGUUUUGCGUGUCAUUCUGUCGUGGUCAAUAAAAUAAGAGCUAAUUGAGUACCGGAGUCAAUGUAAAUGAGUUAUUAUGAUUAUUAUUAUGGCAGAAUCGUUAGCACGCCGAGUGAAUUGCUUGGCGGCAUUUCGUCUGUCUUUACAUUCUGGGUUCAAAUCCCGCCGAGGUCGACGUUGCCUUUCAUUCUUUAGGAGUCGAUAAAUUAAGUACCAGUGAAACACUAGAAUCUAUGUAAUCGACUAGUCCCCACCCCACCAAUUUGGAGCCUUGUGCCUCCAGUAGAAAGGAUUAUUAUUAUUAUUAUUAUUAUUAUCAUUAUUAUUAUUAUCAUUAUUAUUAUGGCAGAAUUGUUGGCACGCCGGGCGAACAACAGUUCGUCUGUCUUUACAUUUGUACAACAGAGACAAUUCUGACAGAUAAUGGAUGAUGUAGUAGUGUUAAUUGAUCUAUUUUGUUCGUCUGUCGUUACUGACGGAGCGUUUAGAUUUGACAAAAUCACAGGAACAAAAAAAGAAAGAGAGAGCUGGAAGAAUUUUGUAAAAGUAAACAAUUUCCUUUUGUCCCUAGAUCCAACCCAAAUGAGGACAAAUAAAGAAAUAGCAUAUCUAUACUUGGGGAAGGAUGGUGGAGCGCUACCACUCCUCACGAUUACAGUAACUGGAAGGAGCACUCAAUGAUAUAUAUUCCUUCAAUUGAACGAAAACUUAACAGAUUGUCUGCUACAUAUUUCAUGAUCAGGAAUACAACCAAAACACAGACUGACAUAUUUAGUCAUACUUCCGGCCAAACACUUAUUUUGGGUGCAGAGAAAUAUAAAUGUGAUGAAAGUAAAAGACAAAACAAAAACAAUCGGGAAAAACAAAAGGACAGAUUAGUACACAUUUCAGACAAACAUUACGAUGUGUUGCAUGUCGCCUUGUAACACAUGUCAACUAUAUAUAUGAUAUAUGCUCUCCAUUGACCACUGUAAAUCGUUUAUCAGUGGAAGAUUUUGGAAACUCCAGCUAUGAACAAGAAGAAAAUAGAUGUUCUUUAGGAGUUCCCUGAUGAAUACAAGUGGAGGUUUCUUAACUAUGUAAUGAUGGUUGCAAUUUUUAAAAUUGAAUUUGGUUAAUUUUGUUUUUAAUGAGUGUAUGUUAUUGAAUCUUUUCAUUUAUUCCGAAUAACAUUUUUUAUAAUUUUUUAACUUUGUUCUCAUUAUAAUUGUAUGAAUCGUUCACCAGUCCCUUCAUCUUUUAUAUAACUUUUUGCGUUUAUCUCAAACGCAUUUGUGCCAGCCCCUUUUUUGCGAUUCUCAUUGUAUAUCAUUGUAUCUCACGAGGCCUUAAUAAAGAAAUAAUAAUAAUAAUAA